AACUACAGAGCGCACGGCGCAGCGCUUGGGGAUAACACGGGCGCGCAGUUUGGCUCUCUUACACGGACUUUAACAGGUGAAAUAUUUAAAGAUAAACUCAUGUAACUGCGCUGCUGUUUUAUUCUGGUGGCUCGAACCCGCAACUCACUCAGAAUUAAUUGUGGCCGCGGGAGGAGUGCGACGCUCUUCAUCCCGGGACCGCAAGCUCCCUGCGCUCAACGGAAUAAUUAGUACCCAACGCGUGCCAGCUGUCCAGGACAGUGGACCCCGAAAAGGACACGCUGGAGACCGACGGACACUGACAAGUUUCUCAGCGUGUGUAAUCUCCGUUUUCCAGGACUGGAGAGAAAGUGUUGUUGACGCUGAUCUCCCUCUAAUGCGUCUUCUCCCCGCAUCUAUUGAUGGACUGACAUUUGGAAUAACCUUCCUCCUUCUGUUUCUCAACCGGUUUUAGUCGAUAUCUCAGCCCGAAAUGGUGCCGUGUAUCAUUUUCAUCGCCUUGUUUGUCACUGUGGUUCAAUCCCAAGAAAUCCAGCCCUUACAGGCAUCAUCCUCUAUUAGCGAGUCUUGUGACUCCCUGUGCUCCUGCGAGGUGAAAGAUGGCGUCCUUCAUCUUAACUGCGAGGAGAGGAACAUCAGCAAGAUCUCCCAAAUCAAAAUCCCGUCAGGUGUGCCCUUCCACCUGAACCUUUACAAAAAUGACUUGGUCGAGCUCCGUGCGGAGGAAAUGGAAGGGCUUAACAACGCACUGUCACUGCAUAUUGGGGGCAACAGCAUACAAGAGCUGGAACCAGGGGUCUUCAGCACGCUCAGUUCACUGAAAAAACUGCACAUAAAUAGCAAUUUCCUCGUUACGCUGAAAGAGGAUACUUUUCAAGGCCUGGUGAAUUUAGAGUUUCUACAGGCUGACACAAAUUUCAUUCGGGUCAUUGAGCCGGGGGCCUUCAACAAACUAAUCCGCCUCAAGGUUCUGAUCCUGAAUGACAAUACCAUCGAGUUUUUACCCAGCAAUAUUUUCCGGUUCGUGCCCCUCACACACCUGGACUUGCGAGGGAACAAGCUCCAAACGCUGCCUUAUGUGGGAUUUUUGGAGCACAUUGGCAGGAUAAUGGAGCUCCUGCUGGAGGACAACGACUGGGUCUGUGACUGUGAUAUUUUACAUUUAAAAAUCUGGAUGGAGAACAUGAGGGCCCAGUCAUCAAUCGGGGAUGUGGUCUGCAGCACCCCACAUCAACUCAAGGGUAUCAUUCUGGCUAAAGUGAAGCGGGACGUUCUGUGCUCACACACAGACAUUAACCUGGAGGAGCCAUCAAAGUCGCUGGAUAUGGUUGUCACUCCCUCAUCCAAAGUGUCUCAGAUUCCCAAGUUGAUCAAUGCCAAAGAUGACGCCAAGGUGCCGACACCUUCUCAUUUUCCUGGUAGUCCUUGUGUGGAACACUGCUCCUGUCACAAUCACCCUGUGGCUGGCUUUCUGAUGCAUUGUCAGGACAGAGGGAUUCAAAAGGUGUCUGAUAUCGGAAUACUUCAGCAGAGCCCCACUAAACUGGUCAUGACAGGAAACAUGAUUCAGAAACUUUUGAAAUAUGAUUUUGUCACAUAUGACAGUUUAGAGAUGCUCAACUUGGCGAACAACAGAAUUGAUUACAUCGAUAAUGAAACGUUCCUCAGUCUGAGCAGCUUGAAAAAGCUAUACCUUAAUGGCAAUAGGAUUGAAAAACUGUUCUCUACAAUGUUCGUGGGUCUCCACAACCUUGAAUACCUGUAUCUGGAAUAUAACCUCAUCAAAGAGAUAUCUCCCGGCACAUUUAAUCCCCUGCCAAACCUGAAGCUGUUGUCAUUAAAUAACAACCUACUCAGCUCUCUACCCGUGCAGAUAUUCCGCAAUGUUCCCCUCACCAAAUUAAACUUGAGGAAAAAUCUACUUAUGCACCUGCCAGUGAGCAACGUGCUGGAUCAACUCGAUGCCCUGGAGCAAAUUUAUUUAGAGGACAACCCCUGGGACUGCAGUUGUGACUUGCUCAGCCUCAAACAAUGGGUGGAGAAACUCAGAAAGGACACAGUGGUGGGCUCAAUCUUGUGUCACACCCCAAAGAAUGUGAUGCAGGCUGAGCUACGAAGUCUACGUCAUGAGACACUCUGUGCCGGUUUAGGAACGUACUACCCAAGUGAGGAGGAGAGUGUGACGGCUACUUUGGGGCCUGACAGCGGUGGCAAGGGUCUGUUUAGCGCACUCACAGACACCAUCCCUCUCUCUGUGCUCAUCUUGAGCCUUCUUGUUUUCGUGCUCAUGAUUAUAUUCUGCUCCGCGGGGUUGGUGGUGUUUGUGGUUCACCGGCGGAGGAGAAGGGCAAAGAGAAAAUCAGCGGAGGAGCAGCCCAGAGAGAACACCAACAGUAGCCCCAUCCACUUACAUUACAGCAUGUAUGGUCAGAAGACCACACACCACACUCUGACCCAGAGAACGGGCUCUUCCGCUCUGUACGAAGAGAGAUCGCACAGUCCUAUCGUUCAGAUCUGUCGCAACCCCACCUACUGCUCCCAGCACAAGGAGCACGAUGGAGAGUUGGAUUAUAGCCUCGACGACUCCAGCACCAAGCACCACGUCUGCAGGAGUAUCAUGGAGAAAGAGAACACGUCUCCUCUCACGGGGAACCCCGGCGUUAAGUUCCGACCUGUGACCGGGGAGUGUCCCGCGGAGUUUGUCACACUCGGGAAUCCCAACUCCUUGUACAGGAACAUUAUGGAGCGGGAGAAGGAGCUGCAGCAGCUCGGAAUAACGGAGUACCUUCGGAAAAACAUGCCCCAGCUCCAAUCUGCUGUAGACAUGCAAGUCCCGGGGCAACAGAAGGAGUUAAAGCUAAUGGAGACCAUUAUGUACACAAGACCACGCAAGGUCAUGCUUGAGCAAACUAAAAACGAAUACUUUGAACUAAAGGCCAACCUGCAUACUGAGCCGGACUACUUAGAGGUUCUGGAGCAUCAAACUGCAUUUAACUGAGUUUAAGCAGAGAGAGAGAGAGAAAAAAAACAAACUGUAUAUCUUAUGUUUGAACCAAGUGCCUUUUCCUGUUUGCCCUGUUAUACGUUCCACAGUGUGAAAUAUGUAUCACGGGCACAUCACAUUAAGUUAAACUGUAGCACAGAAUGUAACUGGUUUAUUAUUUUGUUACUAUCUUCUGACAGCCAUGUUAUGUAGCUGGUAAAAAGGUGUCAUUUAUUUUUAUUUUAUUUUUUUUUGGCCAAAUGUAACUUAAGGAAAGCUGUCAUUGUCUGUUGAUCAGGCCUGGGUUGAU